CACACACUGAAUUGUUCAGCCAUGAGAAGCAGCUAGGAAAUUUCGCAAUCCCUGCAGGUGGCGCCAAGUGGAUACUAAAUUCACUUCAGAUCAAACUUAAAGCUGAAGAAAAACGAAGGGAGAAAACAUUAGAAGCAGCAGAGUGUUUCUCAAAUUACAAGACAUGGACGUCGAUGCUAGAAGUUGGGAUUCAAAUUCUAGGUUGAGGAUUGUUCUGGUUGGGAACACAGGGACUGGGAAGAGUGCUUCUGGAAACACCAUCCUGGGCAAAAAAGAGUUUAAAUCUGAAGCCAGCUCCUAUUCAGUUACAAAUGUGUGCGAGAAGAGAGAGAUGGAGAGAGGUGGAGAAGUGGCUCGGAGGAAUGUUGCUGUGGUCGACACCCCAGACUUGUUGGAUUCGGAGCGUUCUCAGCCUGAUAUUCAACGCCACGUUAAAGAUUGUGCUUCUCUGUCUGCCCCGGGACCCCACGCUUUCCUCCUGACCAUACAGACUGGACGAUUCACAGAAGAAGAGAAGAGAGCCGUGGAGACAAUCCAGGAGAUUUUUGGCGAGGGAGCUACAAGGCACACUAUUGUGCUUUUCACCCGAGGGGAUGAUCUGGAAGACGAGACGAUUGAAGAGUUUGUCCACAAGAACCAGCAUCUCUGCCGGCUGGUUAACAAGUGUGGAGGCAGGUACCACCUCUUCAAUAACAGGAAGACCAGCGAUUGCACCCAGGUCACUGAGCUGCUGGAGAAGAUAGAGAGCAUGCUGAAAGAAAACGGAGGCAGCUGGUAUAAGAUAAACCCCAAGAGAGAAGACAAAAGCCGAUGGCCACUGAUUAAAAACAUACUAAUUGGAGCGGUUUUGGGAGCAGCUGUGGGAGCAGCUGUGGGAGCAGCAACUGGCAAUUCAUCAGGAAAUGGAGCAGCAAUUGGAGCAAUAUUAGGGGUCUUCGGAUCUUUGUGGAGAUUUUUAAAAAAUGUAAAGCUAUUGUCUAGACGAAAUGCUGGUCCUGAGUUGAGGAUGGUGCUGAUUGGAAAAACUGGGACUGGGAAGAGUGCAGCAGGAAACACCAUCUUGGGCUCUAAGCAGUUUAAAUCUGAAACUAGCUCCUCUUCAAUUACAAAAAAGUGUGAGAAGAUUAAAGGAGAAGUUGAUGGGAGAAGCGUUGUUGUGGUCGACACUCCAGGCUUGUUUGACACCGAGCUCAGUAAAACAGAAGCUUUAUGUGAGAUUGGGAAGUGCAUUUCUAUGUCUUCCCCGGGACCCCAUGCAUUUCUGAUUGUGAUACAAGUGGGUCGAUUCACAAAGGAAGAGAGAGACACAGUGGAUCUAAUCAUGAAGAUUUUCAGUGAGGAAGCUGAGAAAUACACAAUGGUGCUCUUCACCCGCGGAGACGACCUGGAAGAUAAUGAGACGAUUGAGGAAUACAUUGAGAGAGGUGAUCCGUACCUCAAGAACAUUGUAGAGAAGUGUGGAGGCCGGUGUCACUCCUUCAACAACAAGAUGAUGAGCGAUCGCUCCCAGGUCACUGAGCUGCUGGGGAAGAUAGACAAGAUGGUGGCAAACAGAGGCAGCUGCUGCACCACUGAGAUAUACAAGAAGGGCUGGAGAAUUGCUGAUUCUGAGUUGAGGAUGGUGCUGAUUGGAAAAACUGGGACUGGGAAGAGUGCAGCAGGAAACACCAUCCUGGGCUCAAAGAAGUUUAUAUCUAAACCUAGCUCCUCUUCAAUUACAAAAGAGUGUGAGAAGAUUGAAAGAGAAGUUGAUGGGAGAAGCGUUGCUGUGGUCGACACUCCAGGCUUGUUUGACACGGAGCUCAGUAAUGAAGAAUCUUUACGUGAGAUUGGGAAGUGCAUUUGUAUGUCUUCCCCGGGACCCCAUGCAUUUCUGAUUGUGAUACAAGUGGGUCGAUUCACAAAGGAAGAGAGAGACACAGUGGAUCUAAUCACGAAGACUUUCGGUGAGGGAGCUGAGAAAUACACAGUGGUGCUCUUCACCCGCGGAGACGACCUGGAAGAUAAUGAGACGAUUGAGGAAUACAUUGAGAGAGGUGAUCAGCACCUCAAGAACAUUGUAGAGAAGUGUGGAGGCCGGUGUCACUCCUUCAACAACAAGAUGAUGAGCGAUCGCUCCCAGGUCACUGAGCUGCUGAGGAAGAUAGACAGGAUGGUGGAAAAGAACAGAGGCAGCUGCUACACCACUGAGAUGUACAAGAAGGCUGAAGCAGCCAUUGAAGAAGAGAAAAAGAGGAUAAUGAAGGAAAGCCCAAGUUGCAGUGAGGAAGAUGCUAGAAAGAAAGCAGAAGGAAGCAAUGCAUUUAUAAAAACAUUAAUGAUACUAGGAGCAGUAAUAGGAGCAUCAAUAGGAGGAUUGGGAGGACCAGCAGGAGCUGCAGCAGGAGCAGAUAUAGUAGCUGUGGUAAAUGACAAAUGUUCAAUACAGUAAAGUCCUGUAUGAGCCCUGACUUUGUCAGACUCCAGUGUAUUUCAAUGCACUUUCUGUUUACUUCAUGUAUUGUUUCUCCUUCUCUCUGUACAAUGAACGCAAACAUAUUACUGUGGCUGUUUUCUUCUUUUAAUUUAGCAAGAACCUCAAAUAAACUUUAAAACACAA